UCCUGCUUUCCCCUCCCUUCAUGAAACGCCUCCUCCUCUUAUAUCAACAUCAGCUGUGAACUAUGAGAGCCUGCAAAUCUGCAUUCGUUCUACAAACAUGGUGCAGGAGGGACAGGUGUACGUAGUGACAGGUGGCUCUGGGUUUCUGGGGGCCCAUCUGGUCCGGAUGCUGGUGGAGAGAUCACCCAAUAUCUCUGAAAUAAGAGUGUUUGACCUACAUGUUGAUGAGUCCCUUGCAACUCUCAGCAAUGAGAGAGUGAAAAUUCACCUGAUCCGUGGAGAUAUCUCGUCCUUUUCUGAUGUGCGCUCUGCAUUGCGCGGGUCUCAUCUUGUCAUACACACAGCCAGCCUUGUGGAUGUCUGGGGACGAGUGCCAGCCAGCAAAGUCACAGAGGUCAACGUUACAGGCACAGAGAACGUACUGAGAGCAUGUGAAGAGGAGGGGAUACAAUAUCUGGUUUACACUAGCAGUAUGGAGGUCGUUGGGCCAAACUUACAUGGCGAUCCCUUUUAUAGAGGAAACGAAGACACUGAAUACACAGUGUUUCACAAUCAGCCAUACCCACUGAGCAAGUCCAGGGCAGAGUCACUCAUCCUGGAAGCCAACGGAAGGAAGACUAAGGACGGGAAGACACUGUACACAUGUGCACUGCGCCCCACGGGUAUAUAUGGCGAGGGCCACCAGCUCAUGAAGCAGUUUUACCAGCAAGGGCUAAGGAUGGGACGUCGUGUGUUUAGAGCAAUUGCUCCAUCUACUGAGCAUGGACGCGUCUACGUGGGUAAUGUGGCAUGGAUGCACGUAUUGGCUGCCCUUCGUCUGCAGGAUCAGCCAUCCAAGCUUGGGGGUCAAGUGUAUUUCUGCUAUGACAACUCUCCAUAUAAGAGCUACGAGGAUUUCAAUAUGGAGUUCCUGUCAUCCUGUGGGUUUCGCAUGGUGGGUUCUCGGCCGUUGGUGCCCUACGUCCUGCUUUACCUGUUUGCAUUGCUCAAUGCUUUCCUACAAUGGCUGCUCCGACCACUCUGCACCUACGCUCCUAUCCUGAAUCCAUAUACGCUCUCUGUGGCCAGCACCACAUUCACCGUGCAGACUGACAAGGCCAAGAGACACUUUGGUUAUCAGCCACUGUAUAAGUGGGAUGAGUGCAAGAGGCGCACAGUCUCCUGGGUGCAGACACUGGAAGAGUCAGGCAAGGAGAGGUGAUACCUGUGGGAGAUCUCACAAUGAGGAUGGGGGGACCUCUAGGACUGAAGCGUGUAGGAAGCAAGGCCACUUAUCUGAGAGCCACGGUUAGUUAUUACUUGGAGUUGACAGAAGAAGGCAAAGAACACAAAAAAAAUAGCAGGAAUGUCUAAUGCUUUGGCUGGGGGAUUCCUCAAGUCUGUGGAUAGGACGAAGCAUUCCCAGCCUCCAUGGACCGGAUAUUGUGUAUUACUGAAUUAAAAGACUAAAGGAAACAUUACAUUCAAAAUCUAAUCCCUUGAAUGAUUUCUUAAAGGGACUCAGCACCUUAAAUAUUUCUUUCAUCCAUAUGAGCAGCAUAUAAAUGUGUUGAUUGUUAAAUUUAAACUAUUCCAGAUGUAUCAAUUGUGUACUUCCUGCUAAUGUUCAUUGGCUGGUAGGCACUUCCUGCUAAUGUAUAUUGGGUGGUAGGCACUUCCUGCUAAUGUUUAUUGACUGGUAGGCACUUCCUGCUAAUGUUUAUUGGCUGGUAGGCACUUCCUGCUAAUGUUUAUUGGCUGGUAGACACUUCCUGCUAAUGUUCCUUGGCUGGAAGGCACUUCCUGCUAAUGUUUAUUGGCUGGUAGGCACUUCCUGCUAAUGUUCAUUGGCUGGUAGGUAUAUCAUACUUAUGGUCAUUGGCUGGUAGGCACUUCCUGCAAAUGUUCAUUGACUGGUAGGCACUUCCUGCUAAUGUUCAUUGGCUGGUAGGUAUAUCAUACUAAUGUUCAUUGGCUGGUAGGUACUUUCUACUAAUGUUCAUUGGCUGGUAGGUACUUCCUGCUAAUGUUCAUUGGCUGGUAGGCACUUCCUAGUUCCUACUAAUGUUCAUUGGCUGGUAGGCACUUACUGCUAAUGUUCAUUGGCUGAUAUGUACGUCCUGUUAAUGGCCAUUGGCUCAUAGACUGCUCCUAAUAAUGCCUGUUGGCUGACAGGUACUUCCUGUCAAUACUCAUUGGUUGAAACAUACUUCCUGCUAAUAUUUACUAAGAAUUAGUAUGAAUUAAAUAUAAGCCAAUCCGCGAUAACAGGAAGAGUACAACUGAUACAAACUAUGACUGCAUCUUUAAAUGGGGCUGUUUCAUAUGGAUAACAAAAAAAUGUUUGAAUACUGUGUCCCUUUAAGGAACAUUAAACAGUAUUACAAUAUACAUUCCUUAUUUAUUUGCCUGCUUUUUCUUUAAAAUACCUUUUCCAUUCCCUCAACUCAAGAGAGGCCUCAAUCUUACCCAAUUAUAUAUCAAAAUGUACUGACACUGCAUAAUUCUACACCAUUAUUUAAAUUGGUCCCUAACUGGCUGCAACAAAUGGAGACCAGGAACAUGAUUCCCACCAGGUUUUUCAAGGGGUGUAUCUCUGAACUGCUUUUGAUUUGCAGAAUCAUGUAAAUUGUGCUAACAAAGUGACAGUGUUAAAUGACAUUUCUUUAGUAAUGCAGUGCUUAAUUGCUGAUGUAUGCUAUGCAUAUCUAUGCAUAUAUAAACAAUUUAACUUUAAUGUCCCUUAAUUCUGUCCUUGCCAGUAACUCUCUGAUAGUGCAAGGGUUAACAUGCUGCUGAUAAUAAGCAAGUGUCUACAGACACUUUAUAUUCCUAUACACAUAUAUAAUAUAUUACACACAGGUUAACAUGAUAUUGAACUUAAUUUAUUUUUAAUUAUUGUCAUUAUUUAGAAUGUAGCAAUUGUAAGACAGUAGCAGAAAGUCAUAUACACUCCGUCUGUUGCACCAGUUAUUGAAACAUGCCAUCCUCUGCUGCCCGGGCACAAGAGACUGAGGGGCACAUGCAAUGCUGAAUUCAGAUGUCUCUUCAGAUCCUGUUACACCAUGCAGCUGUUUUACCUCUCCGGUCUUUAACACAUCUAUAUCAGUGGCAUACUUUUUCAUAGACAAACCAAGUCAGUGCCUAGGGCAGUAGCAUUUUGGAGGGCAUAAUACCUUCCCACUCCUAUGCUCUCAUUUGUUUUGUAAUUAAAUUAAUAAAUAAAACAAUGAUCUCUGGUUGUCUAGUGGGGGUUCAUGACCCCCUUCCACUCGUUGUGAGAAAUAUACAAGGCAAAUAUGGGGUAAAUUUGUUGGGGAGUUCAAGGUGAAGUUUCUCCAAUGCCUAGGGCUGCACAAAACCAGCCAAGGGAUUGUCACAGGUUAGGAGGUAUGGCCCGUUUCCUGCCCGCAGCCCCCUUGGUGUCCUAGUUUACUUAUGUAACAUGCCCCUUCCACACACAACCAUUCUCAACUCCCUAUUUCCAGCAAAUUUUGGGAGGUACAUUAAAUACUGAUCUGAAUAACUUAAGGCUCUGUAAAGCUGGAGAGGCUGACAAUGCAGGAGAGACAUCUUAAUGAAGGUUACCCAGAGAUUUCCGGAGAGAGUGGAAGAAGCAGAGUUGUCCAAUCUAAGUGAAAUAAAUCAUUUUGUUUACUUGGUGGGCUUAUGAAUGAGUUGGUGGUUUUGUUUUUUACAUCAAUAACGUAUAAAUAUAUGACGUUCAUGUACAAAGACUUUUAUUUUUUUUACAAGUUUAAGGUCAAAUGUGCACAUUCACGCAGAUCUAGAAAUUAUCCAAGUGGAGAGGGGAGAGGAACGAGUUAAUGGCUGAGCAUAGUAGCACAAUUUAAAGGGACAUGAUACUCCGCUGCUCUUUUAUAUACGUGGUAUAAGAAUGUUGAGUAGAAUGUGCCAUCAAUUUGGGGAGAGGCAUUUGCAGUAAUUUGGUGGGUAAGUGAAGGACAAAUAAAAAGAACUGGGCAACCACAUUGUGUCUCUAUAGAGAAGUGUGCAAAGGGAUUAGCUAGAGAUGACAUCUUCAUAUAUACCUCAAAUAUUCACAUGUUGUUAAAUGCCUUCCAUUAUCUAUUUACAACUAACAAUAAUUUAAUAAUGAAAUGAACAUAUAUUUAAUAAAUGUUUAUAUAAAUGUUUAUUAAAAUUAUUCUUUUAAAUUGA